AUGUCCAAAUUUGCAGAAAGUCUAUCAACUGUGCAAGACUAUCGAGAGGCAGAAGUGAAAAGGCUAGAAGGGAAGAUAAUCACACCACUAAUGAAUUAUGGUUUGCUUUGUAAACAAACAAAGAAUGAUAUAAAAUCAUCAUUUGCUGCCAUUGAUUUAGAGAUCAGCCAAAAGAAAAAGCUUGACAUGACCAGGAGUAAACACCCAUCAGACAGACAAAAGAUAAGCCAGCUUGAGAACUCUCUACAAAAAGCCAGCCUUGAGGCCACAAGGAGUAGCAAGAAUUUGGAACAACAAAUAGAGCUUAUAUUUUGCUCAUUUAAAUUUCGGAUGAAUUAUAUCCGAAUCAAGAAAAAGUAUUUAACCCAGGCAUCUGGGGUUUCAAUCUACAAACCAAUCCAAGGAUGGAGACAUGAAAGAAAAAGGCAGUGGAUAUUUGUUGAGAAUCGUCCAUGGACAGAUGCAGCAAAAGAGGCUAACAAGCCAGGGAAACGUCUGACUGAGCUGAUUGAAUCAAUACCAAAAUCAGAGUGGAAAAUUUUCUUAGGUGAUCGUGUACAAAUUCUUAAAGGCAUUGAUGAAGACAAGCAGGGGCUUGUAUGCAGCAUAUCAGAGAAAGGAAUUGGUGCUAUGUGGAAGGGCUGA